GCUCGCGCUCGCGAUUGCUAUUUUCGAUUACCAAAACGACUGUUGCUAGGAUGGCCUCUUCAAUGGCGUGGUUGGAGACACUUAGAAAAUCACGUAAAACCGCAUUAAUUCAGGACGGAAGAAGAAAGCUUCAUUUUAUCCUCCUGGAUGGUAGAGAGCUUGUGGAGGAGUAUGACGUCAAAACCAAUGACUUACUAGUGCGUAAGUGGAAGAGUAAGAAUGUACUUGGAAGAGAGGUGAAAUGGGAGUUUGAAAUUGGAGAGCAGUUCAGACGUCCAGCUGCGGGUGGAGAGGCAGAUUUGCUCAUGGAAAGCAGCUCUAAUCCCAUCUUUACAAGAAAGGACACUCGCCAAGCAUUCCAAUGGAGAAUACGUAAUCUUCCAUAUCCUAUUGAGACAUACAGCUUGUCAGUCGACCAAGACACCAGAUGCUGCAUUAUCAGGACAUCAAACAAAAAGUACUACAAGAAAUUCUCCAUACCAGACAUGGAUAGAGCUGGUCUUCCUCUUCAGCAAUCAGACUUCAGUAUGGCUCAUAGUAAUAACACCCUCAUUAUCAAUUACAAGAAGCCAGCUGAGAUUCUAGCGUUAGAGAAACAAGUUAUUGCAGAGAUACAGAAGACGAAGGAAAGCAAGGAAGGAGACAUGGAGUGUGCACCAAGCUAACGUUCUCCCAUUCACUCAGUGUGACGGUCAGCUCUGGACAUUCAGUAAUGGAUGUAAACUUAAUUAAUUUGGUUUGUUUGCUUGUUUGUUCGUUUGUUUUUUCCAUCUGCUAAGAAAGUGUGUGUGAGGAACUAGGGGACCGAUGGCUUUAAGUCCUCUCUAAGGGACUUGGUUAUGAAGGUUAAUGCCUCUCCGAAGGGCAACAGCGCAUCAACUUGGUUUCAAAAUCGGGAGCUCCUAGUUAUGAGACUACUGCUUUACCACUAAGCCAUCGCUCCUCCUCUAUUAAAACUAAGUGUGCCUUAAGCUGACAUGGUAUAUUUUAGUGAUAUGUAACUCUCCAACUGUCAUGAAUUCUGAGAACUAUGGGAUUCAACAAUGAGUUCUUGUAGAAAAGAAUAGUUUGAGACAGCUUGUUACAGAGGAUGUGAGCCUCUUUUGGGAUGCUCAAGAUCAGUGAAGAAAAAAAGUACAUGUACAUGUAAUUCUUAACAAAGUAUGCAUACAGCAAAUGUGACAACAAGUACUGUCCUUAUGCCCUUUCAACAAAUUAAUCUAUAUAACUCUCCAGUCAUUGCAGAGUCUGAAUAAACUGCUCUUGAUCAACUACUCUCUGUACUUAUCUGCUUCGAGCUGAGUCUGAUCUGGAAUUGAUUCCAAUGUUGAGUAUAAUAUUUAAAAGAAAAUCCUCCAAUUCCGAUGUUAUGCUCUUUUUUCCAGAGGUUUCUGCUAACCAGUGUAUUAUUGAAUUAGAUAUGAAUUUAAUGAGUAUGUGUGUGAUUUACUUUUUUUCUGAAGCCCUUGUGACUUGUUUAUGUGCUCCACUUUUCAUUCACAAGGCUUAAUAACAAAAUAUGUCUUUCUAUUCAAGAUGAUGAUUCUAUCAAUUUAAUACACCUAAGAGAAGUGUCAAAAGCUAUUUGUAAACAAAUGUACUUUUCAGCAAAUUUGGGGAGGGGGUUAAGCUCCCCCCCCCCAAAAAAAAAAAUAAAAAAUAAAAUAAAAUAAAAAUAAAAACCCUCUAAAACUGCUACUGCUCCAUGAGUUCUUUCUUUUACAAAGAGAUUUAAGCAGUUGUGCUUGAG